CUCUCGGGUUUGGUGCUGUCAUUCUGUUAUACUGCAAUUGUCCUCUUCUGGAAAUGUACACAACAUUACCCCUUUAGAAAUAUGAUGCGACCUGUUCUGCCAUAGUAGCAGCAGCCUCUCUUGCUUUAGCGGUUAGCCAAAGAUAGCUAUCUUUUCCAGGAGCAAUCCUUUCAACUUGCUUAGCUUGCGACAGCUAACUUUGCUAUGUGAACUCACUUGACCAAGAAGAGGACGGCCAGGAAACUCCUCGCAAACUGCCUGGUGGUGCAGAUCGCUCUCAUGUGGCCAUGGAAAAGACGGCCUUUGAGGGGUGGCUGGAGUCAGUCUCCGCCGCUUUCCUUACACUGAACGACCAGCAGCGCAUCCAGUCUUUGGAUCAGCUUAUAUCUCUAAGUGGUGCUGUCCAGCUCCGUCACCUCUCCAAUGGACUGGAGACACUUCUUAAACGCGACUUCCUGCGUCUCCUACCUCUGGAAUUGGCCUUUUAUCUGCUCCGCUGGUUGGACCCGCAGACACUCCUCACAUGCUGCCGUGUCUGCAAACAGUGGAAUAAGGUCAUCAACUCAUGCACAGAGGUGUGGCAAGGAGUGUGUCGGGACCUAGGAUGGAAGAUUGAUGAGUCCAUUCAGGAUGCAACACACUGGAAAAAGGUCUAUUUGAAGGCUAAACUACGAAUGAUGCAGCUGAAGGAUCAGGAGGCCUUUGAGACGUCUUCCCUUAUUGGCCACAGUGCUCGGGUGUACGCUCUGUACUACAAGGACGGCCUUCUCUGUACUGGCUCUGAUGAUCUCUCUGCAAAACUAUGGGAUGUUCGCACUGGGCAGUGCAUAUAUGGGAUUCAAACACACACCUGUGCAGCAGUAAAGUUUGAUGAACAGAAGCUGGUUACCGGAUCCUUUGACAACACCAUUGCAUGUUGGGAGUGGAGCACGGGAGCGAGGAUCCAGCAGUUCCGCGGCCACACCGGAGCAGUUUUCAGUGUUGACUACAAUGAUGACCUUGAUCUGCUUGUGAGCGGCUCUGCUGACUUCACUGUGAAGGUGUGGGCCCUUUCUGCAGGUGCCUGCCUCAACACACUCACUGGACACACGGAGUGGGUCACCAAGGUGAUACUCCAGAAAAGUGAAGUAGAAUCUGUGGUGCACAGUCCUGGCGAUUACAUCCUGCUAAGUGCUGACAAAUAUGAAAUCAAGGUCUGGCCUUUAGGUAGGGAAAUCAACUGUAAAUGUUUGAAGACACUGUCAGUGUCUGAGAAUCGCAGCAUCAGCCUGCAGCCUCGUCUGCAGUUUGAUGGACGCUACAUCGUCUGCAGCUCCGACCUCGGAGUGUAUCAGUGGGACUUUGCCAGCUUUGAAAUUUUAAGGGUCAUAAAGACUCAGGACCCCGCCAACCUAUCUCUGCUCAGCUUUGGUGAAGUCUUUGCGCUCCUUUUUGACAACCACUUCCUCUACGUGAUGGACCUGAGGACAGAGGCCAUCUCGGGCCGGUGGCCUCUUCCAGCAUACAGGAAGUCCAAGCGAGGAUCCAGCUUCCUGGCCGGAGUGACUUCUUGGCUUAAUGGUCUGGAUGGCGACAAUGACUCUGGACUGGUGUUUGCCACCAGCAUGCCAGACCAUAGUAUUCACUUAGUUCUUUGGAAGGAGAAUGGAUAAAAGCAGCAGGUCCUCACACCAGACUGUUGAUUCUAACUCACUAAUCAUGCAUGGACCAAAGCAAUUUAUUUUAGAUCAGUUCUCCUUGCUAUUAGAGGCCAGUCAUGAAAUCACUGUACGAUAAAGACGACAAAGACACAGCACCUCAUCGUUUUGUUGACUAGGUUGUGAAAAGUGUCAUAAUGGGUUGCAGUUGAAUUUUUAAAUAUAGAUAUAUUCUUUGUAACAGACUUUGGACAUCACAGACUUACUCUUAAAGCAUACCGUCACAUCACUUUGUAUAUUUCAAAUGAGCCGAAUGCCAAGAUUUGCCAAAAUUAGCUUUUUAAUUUUUCCAGAAAGGAAGGUUUGCCUUAAACACCGUAGCUGUAAAUACACAAGGAGGAAUGUUUUACAAACCAUAAAGAGAGGAGCCUGUAUCGUUUCCUCCACUUAAUGAUGGUUGUCAUUUAAUGUAAAUGAAAGAGAUUUCCUGAUAUUCCGCUCAAGAUGCUUUUUAGAGGGGUGCCUGGUUCAAAAAUCAGCUUCAGUAUGUGUGAUGUGCCUUUUUAGUUGAUUUGAUGUAACAAACUAGAAACCCUGUGAGCUCGAGCACUGCUGCAGUGAGGUAAUAACUGUGUUGUGAACCUUAGUUUGAUGUGACUUUUUCAUUAUUUAUGUGCUCAAACAAUCGAGAUGUCUGUAAUUUUAUAGAGAACCUACCUGAAUGACUUUCUCACUCGAUAGGCUAGGUGAGUCACUGACUGUUCAAAAAGCAUUAGGUUUAUUUUUCUAAAAAAAAGUGGCUGCAUUGCAUUGUACCACUGUGGAGAUUGCCUGGCAUGUGUAUAUGGGUGAAGAAUUUGUGCUUAAAAGAAGCAUUUUCAUGUUAUUACAACAUAAUAAUUUCAGACUUUCACCUUAUAUAAUCAUGACUAACCUAGAUGCUGCUCAAUUUUGCUGUGCAUUUUCCUUCUCAAAUCCUGUGGGUAAUAGCCGAAGAUUGUGUAUAGAUAUGGACAUCAUCAAAAUGCACUUGAUUUUGAACCUCUUACACCCUGGUCCUGUCUUCGGUUCACGUGAUUAAUACAAGAUUCACUACGCUCAAAAA